AUGGAAGUAACAGACUCUUCUGAAAUGGGCUUUGCCGUAUGCCCAUUGUCAUCCUGUCCCCACGAUGACAUUGUAAACAAAAUUCCUGUAGGAUUUGAGGCAGAUGGGCCGUGUGAAAACUGUGGCGAUAAGGAAGAAAAUUGGAUCUGUUUGGUUUGUUAUCAUGUAAGUGUCAAAAUAAUAUUUGUCUAACUAGUAAUUCCUUAUAAUAUUAUCUAUGUUCUAAAAAAAUGAUGGAAACCCUUCUUAGUAUUAAUUCUUGAUAAUUAACUUUAUGUUGUAAACCAAACAUAUUUCGUUUAUUAAACUUUUGGAAGUAAUAUAAGUUUGCUAUUUAAGAUAUUUUGUGGCCGUCAUCGACUUGGUCACGGUGUAGCUCAUUAUGAAGCGUCUAAACAUUCUAUGGCUCUCAGCUUCUGCGAUCUCUCAGUAUGGUGCCAUGCCUGUGACUCUUAUGUGAGCAAUUCUAAGUUUGAAGAAGCCAUUCGGUACGUUGAGAAGGUUAAAUUUAAAAGUGAAUAA